GUACCUCAUUUUCAUCUUUACUUCCUCCUCAUCCUGGGGGGCUCCUUCCUGCUGGGUGUGGGUGUCUGGGUGCUGGUGGACCCGAUGGGCUUCAGGGAGAUCGUGGCGGCCAACCCGGUGCUGUUCACCGGGGUCUACGUCAUCCUGGCCAUGGGCAGCAUGCUGUUCCUGCUGGGCUUCCUGGGCUGCUGCGGAGCCAUCAGGGAGAACAAGUGUCUGCUGAUGUUUUUCUUCAUGCUCAUCCUCUUCAUCUUCCUGGCCGAGCUGGCGGCUGCCAUCCUGGCGUUCCUCUUCAGGGAGCAUUUGACGAGAGAGUAUUUCAGCAGGGAGCUGAAACGUCACUACCAAGGUCACAACAACACUGACGUCCUCACAUCCACCUGGAACGCCAUCAUGACCACGUUCGACUGCUGUGGUGUGAGUGGCCCAGAGGACUUCGACGAGAGCCUCUUCAGGCUCCUCAGCCCCACUAAAAUGGUCCCAGAGGCCUGUUGCCAGGGGAACAGUUACCCCGGAGACGUCAGUAUGGAGCAGUGUGUGAGCGGCAGCAUGGUGUUCAGACACAACAAGGGCUGUUACUCUGCCGUGGUGGACUACUUUGAGAUGUACAUUUACACCGCAGGAGCUCUGGCCAUCGUGGUGCUGACUAUUGAACUCUUCGCCAUGGUGUUUGCGAUGUGUUUGUUCCGAGGCAUCCAGUAAGCGCUGCAUCAUCACCAGCCAGUGGAAUGGCACAAGCAGAAGGAAAACUAAAACAGUAAAAUAUUACAUGCAUUUGUACAGUGAUGGUUUAUGUGUCUCAUUGGUUUUGUGACAUCAUUUUGUACUUCACAGUAGCAGCAGCAGGGUGGUAAGGUACUUCUUUGGGCACAAAAGACACACACAAGAAGUAACAACACCUAAGCACUGUCUUUUUCUGAAGUAAAGGUUUACCACUGGUGCUAAGUGGGCUAACUGAACUAUAGAUGGUCACUUCAGUCCAAUAUGUGUGCAACAAACUGGCCCUAAAGCUGGAAACAUGUUUAGUAGCCCAACUUUAACCUCCAGUCGGCCGUGAUGAUGGAUAAUGCGGAUCAGGGAGAGUCUGCACAGCACAGUUCAGGUACACUCAGCACAUCUUAACUUCCCUUAGAACACUCAAAACUGUCAGCACAAGAACAAAAAUGUGAAUCAACAAUUAAAAUCAGAACACGUCAGGCCUCAUGCAAGAUUAUGAUUGUAUUCUCAUAAUGAACCUCUUUUUAUUUUUGCUUUGAGGUUUGCUUAAGUGCACACAUUUGUUGUUCAAACUUGAUGAAUGCAACCUCUUGUGUUUAUCGGGGCCACCUGUUAACUCACAAACACAUCAUAGGCUGAAAAACAGUGGAGAUCUAAGUCUGUUUUUUUUAAAGAAAUCAGCAGGCCAAAAAAGUAACAUUAGUAUCACUCAGUAUUUGAAUAUAUUAAUACAGCUAAAGACAAUUUCACAUUAGACUAGAACCAUACUUCUAAAUAAAGGGGAAACGCUCUGAAUUGAAAAUGCUAAAAAACAUUUGGUUAAAGAUUGUUUUGUUACAGGCUGCCAUUUAGCUGAGUGGCCAGUAGGUGAAGUCCUUUGUUCAGUACACAGGUUAGAAUCUGCCUCGACGAACUUUCAGGCAAUGUCCUCCCGUCUGAUUCGCACCUUUACCACGAUAUCUCUUAAAAAAGGCACUCUGGCCCAAAAAAUAAAAGAAAGACACAAGUCUCUGCUUUGCACAGGUAUUAAGUUCUGUAUUAUUGUACGUUUUUAUCACAGUAGAGUGUUGUGGAGUCUGGUAAGCCUUCAGUCUUUUCAAUGUGGAACUCAAAUGUUCAAAUACCUGAAGAAACACACUCCCACCAAUGCAGCCCUUUGAUUUGUUUGUUUUUUAAAAAUCAAAAAAAAUCUCAGUCAAUUGGCACAAUGCUAAGUUUUGUUUUACUAAUUUAUUUUCUAUUAUAGUAACAUUCAAGCUGUACAUAUCAGAUUGAGAAAAUACGAUUAUUUUAUUCAUUUAGUUUUAUGAUGUCUUGAAAACAUGAACAACAUAAUGCAAAGAAAGAGAGAAAUAACUAACAAAGCAAGCUGAAUAAAACAAACUGGUAAAAUUUGCCAUAUCUACAAAAUAAGUCAGGUAAAUCAGACCGUGAGAGGGGGUUACGCUAUAUAAAUAAAAUACCAUAUGAAUACAACAUAAAUGUAUUAUUGGAAUUUAGAUUUUUAAGUCAAACAGGUGUUUCUCCCCUGUAGAAAACUGAGUAUUUUUAUUCAUACUCAGUCAUUUUGUACAUGUUAAAAUUCUGUCUUCGCACACGAGGUUCUUGCACGAGGCCUGAAGUCAACAACUUUCAUAAAUCAUUGAUCAGUUUCCGUUCACCGAGUUUGUACAUAAGUGUUAAGAUGAGUCGUAUUUAAGAUGGUGGAGCACCUGUAAAUAAACUUCACAAUGAGACUGAAUGUGUGUGAGUGCAUGUGUGUGUGUAUUUGUACAUAUACCUCAGUGGGCCUGUGGCAGUGUACAGUGUGUUCUCCUUUUUGUGCACAGUGUGAUAAUGUUAUUGUGGUCAGUAGUUCCAUACAAAGGAAGUUUAGCUAAGACAGUAUUUUACUGUGAGUGUGUUUGAAAACAAAAAGUCUAUUUGUAUAAAUGGCACUGAUUGAUAUUAAACAGAUUUCUGUGAUUUGA